AUGGCUACUAAUAUCGUCCAUAAGAUAGGAUACCAGGAGAUAAAAUGGUUUCUUACACAAGCUGAGAUUGCAGCUGCAAUCUUAGAAAAUCAAGCACAGGUCCCCCAUGGCGCUAAUCCAGAAAAUAUCAAGAAGAAACCUAUACCAGACCAACGAAAUAUUGAUGUGUUAUGUUUGGACCUGCAUUUACCGAAUAUGGAUGAGUUGGGGACUGCUUUGCAGGAUAUUUCAACUCCCGUGUCCAUUCAGUUCCAGGAGCAGGAUGCGGAGGAUGAAAAGGAACGAUGGAUACUGAAUGUCAGCAUGAUAGAUCCUGAUCUCCAUUUAUGCUCUAUAACGAUUCUCUCCUCCCUUUGUGAAGAUGUUAGGAUAUCUAAGGCUCUUGAUAUUGCAUCCCACAAAUGCUUAAUCAGGGAACUGCGAAGAAUCAGUUUGCAAAAUAGACAGAUGACAGUAAAGACGAAGAAAAGGAAAGGAGGAAGGAAAAACGCAUCACCAAGCCCUGUUACAACUUCUUUACAAACAACAUCUAGAGAGUACAAGGGAAUUGAUUGUCAGAUCGAUUUAAAGGUAUCGGUCAAUCACUUGAAACUGAGUUUCCGCUUCAACUUACCAAUACUAGAAAAUACUGGCAAUAAGUUUACCCCUACUAUUAAUUCAUUUUUAGAUGUCUUAUUCUCCCAAAAAUUAGAAUCACAAACUAGACAAGAAGCUCAUAUUGAUUCUGGUUAUAUUCAACGUCAUUUCAUCAACCAAACAAUAUCAUAUUCCAAAAAGAAAUUGGCGGCAGUUGAAACAACAUUUGAUACUCUUCCGUCUUUGAAAUUGAACUUGUUACCAUUCCAAAGAGACAGUGUUCAAUGGAUGCUAAAUAAAGAAUUACCACCCGUAUUACCAUACCCGACCAGUUCUGAAUUGAAUAUAGAUGAAAUAAAUUCCUUCCUUAAUGAAAUAGUAUCUUACGGUUAUGAGAUAAUAAAAACAAACCCUCCAGCUGAAUUUUUCUUUUGGAAUAAAUAUACCGGCUAUAUCUUAUCUAUUCAGGAAGCUAGAGUAAUUUAUGAUACAUUCUAUGAUAAAACUAAAAAUCCCUAUCCACAAAGAGCAAGAGGCUUACUAUCAGAAGAAAUGGGUUUAGGGAAGACAAUAGAAGUACUAGCAUUGAUCAUGUUGAAUAAGAGGGAUGUAAUUAAAGAAGACUCUUUCAUAGAUGAUCAAAAUAAAACUAUUAGAAGGACAAACUUAACGUUGAUAGUCUGUCCUAAUGCCAUCUUAACACAGUGGAUAAAUGAAACUAAUGCUCACACUGAAAAUCUGAAAAUAUUCCAUUAUAUGGGAUCCUUGGCUACCCGAAUACAAUUUGAUACAGAUAAUAUACAAGAAAUCUUAGACCGAUUGUCUGAAUAUGAUAUAAUUAUUACCAGUUAUGAUAUUGUUUCCGCCGAAAUACAUUAUGCAGAAUAUAAUGCGAAUAUCAGAUCGAGAAGACAAAAAUCUCCUAAGUACGAUUAUUCUUCUCCUUUGUCUCUUCUUGAAUUCUUUAGAAUAAUACUCGAUGAAGUACAGAUGCUUCGUAGCAAUAGUACUAAUGCAGCAAAAUGUACAAGUUUACUUCAUAGGAUUCACACAUGGGGUGUUUCAGGGACCCCCAUCCAAACUAUUUAUGAUUUUGAAACUGUGCUAUCAUAUCUAAAGUUUCAUCCAUUCUGUGAACUUCCUGACAUUAUCAAAAAGAUUACUAUAAAUUUCAAGAGAAGAGAAAAAAUCUCGAAUGGCUUAGUCGUAAGAGAAUUAUUUAAUGGUAUUGAUUCAUCCGUGCAUGAUCUUCUAAAUUUGUUUAUAAAAUUUGAUAUUUGCAUACGGCACACUAAAAUGGAAGUUAUCUCUCAAAUUCAUAUCCCAAAGCAACAUAAUCUGAUUGUUCCUCUCGAAUUUACUCCAGUAGAAUGGGAUAACUAUUUAGAUAUAUGGGAAGCAUUUAUUUUUGCAUCUGGGUAUGGUCCUGAGGGUCUGAAUCCGCCUAGGUUGUCAAAUGCACAACUAAACCAGUGGUUACUAAAAUUAAGAUACACGUGCUCUCAUGCAGCAUUUCCUGAUGGUAGCACAGGUAAUAAGGCGUCUUCAAAUCGCCUAUAUAACAUAACUGAGAUUUUAUUUAUGAUGAUUGAAGAGGCAGACCGGAAGUUGGAGAGCCUCCAUGAGGAACAAUAUCAGUUGAAGAUCAGAGAAGCACAAGUUCAAAUGGAAUUGAAAGAUGAAUAUGAUUUGGCUCAGGAUAUGUUUGAACCUGUGAGGUUGAAUAUUUUGGAUGACCUUACAAGUAAGUUUAAAAUAGAGCCCUUCCAGUCCGGUAAAUUUCUUUCAGAAGAACCAGACAUGAAGGAUGGUUCUGUAGAAAAUAUUGGCAAGGCAUUCCUCAAAAUGAAAGUCAGGGCUCGUAUCGAAUUAUUGCACCAAUGUUAUUUCUUUAUCGGUACAGCAGCAUACCUAGCCGGGACUAAUAGAUUAGAGAAGACCGACAAGGAAAUCGAAAGAUUAACUUUACUUGACCCUGAAAAAAGACGGUUAGAACGAUCUGACUUCUUCUCUGUUGACGAACUUCAGCAAAUUGAAGAUAGACAAAGCAAAGAAAAUCAUUAUUAUGCCUGGGCGGAACAACUGAGAGCAGAGUUAUUACUGGGUAGGUUAGAGGCAGUCAGUGAUAAAGUUACUCAUAUUAAGCAAUAUCUUUUAGAUAAUCCAUCGAACCUCAAACUCGUCGAUUUUGACUUCAAAAAUGAUUAUUCGACCAACAUAACCAUAUCUAACUGUUUCAAACAUCUCAGUCAUUUGAUUAAAUCGUUUAAUGAUCAGGCUUCACAGUUUAAUGAAUUAUCGGAAGCUUUGCAAACAGCGUUGUAUAAACCUAUUACCAAAGAUCGCCGAACUGAUUCUGAUGAAACGCUAGAGCAUGAAGAAUAUGCGAUUUCUAUUGAAGAUCAAGACGAAAUAUUUGCAAUACUUGCUUGUUUGGAGGAGAUUUUGAGGAACAGAGACACAAUCCUUUAUGCUGAUGAAAAGGUCAAGAUAAAUAAAAAAGUAUUAUUUCAAGGGAAAGAAUAUUCUUCACGUCAUAGGAAAUUAUUUGAUGAGUUAAGGCUAGUUGAGGGGAUUCCCUUCAAUGCCAUAUUCGAAGAUUUGAAUUCUUCCAAGACGAUAAUUCGUAAAAUUUCAAAUAAUCAAAAAAGAUUUGGGGAAAAUACAUCUUUUGAAGAUUAUUUAUUGGGAUAUCAAGAUGAGACACAAAAGAUGAUCUCAGAAAAUAAAAAGUUAAGGGAAACAUUAAAACAAUUCAAUGUUGUUUAUAAUGCUAGGCUGGAAUAUUACAGUCAUCUACAAAAAAUAUCGGAUUCUGUGGCCCCUCUAAUUAAUCUUGAUCCUGUGGCAAGAAAUACCAUCCUAAAAGCAGUUAACAGUAACGAAAAAUCCAGGACGAUAGAAAAGAAUAUUAAUACAACCGAGUCAAGAAUAAAGUAUUUAAAAGGGUUACAGAGCUUAAGGGAAUCGAUAGAAAAUAAUAAAUCAUUCAAGUGCUCAAUUUGUUUACAGGAUAUAUCCCUUGGUUCAAUGUUAAAGUGUGGCCAUUUCUUUUGUAAAAGAUGUAUUACAAGUUGGCUUAAGAAUAAGAAAAACUGUCCAAUGUGUAAAAUGGUAACAACUGCCUCAGAAAUAUAUAAUUUCAAAUUUAAAGAAGAGAAGCUUGAAGGCGAUACCUCACAGAUGAAUGAAGACUUGAACAAUAACAUAGAUAUGCAAAAGAGAAACGCAAAUAUGCCAGAUAAAGUUUUAUCUGAAAAUGACUAUUUCUUAGCAUUGGAUAAAUAUACAGUAUUCCCCGAAUUAAAUUAUUUGAAUGGAUUGCCCACCAAGGAGAGUUUUGGUGCCAAGAUCGAUUUUGUUUUGAAAUUGAUUUUAUACUUAAAAUCUAAAGCUGAAACUGACCAAGAGAGACCACCGCAAAUCUUAUUAUAUUCUCAAAGUGCAAAUUUUUUAAAAGUACUAGGUAAGAUUCUGACAAAAAAUGAUAUUGAGCAUUUAACCUGUCUUUCCAAUUCGUCUACGAUCGGGAAAAAAAUUGCCAGGUUUAAAUCUCAGUCUAAUAUCACAUGUCUAUUACUUAAUGUGAAGACUUUGGGUGCCGGUCUUAAUCUAUUAAAUGCAAGACAUAUAUUUUUAUUGGAUCCUAUCAUUAAUCAUAGUGAUGAACUGCAAGCUAUGAAUAGAAAUAAUAGAAUUGGACAGAAAUAUGAGACAUAUGUUUGGAAUUUAAUUAUUAACAAUUCAGUGGAGGAGAACAUCUUCAAGUAUAAAUGCAAACUUGAGUCUGAGCGAAAGGAGCACAAAACAGAGUUGAACCUGGACAAUUAUGAUGAAGUUGCUGAAGAGGAGGAAAAGUUUGAGAUUAACAACAGCAACAAUGAGGAAGUUUCUGAUCAACAUUUAUGGAAUUGCUUUUUUCAUCGUGAUUGA